AUGGAAUGUCUCAAUCCCCAUCUCCGUCAGCUGGUCUACUCAUCGGUGGUCGCUGUUGUUUCUAUCUGCGGUCAAUUCACUACUGUACUGAUGGCCACUGAAGCACCUUCCGAGCCCAAGGCCCAAUGGAAUGCACAAGAGACUGAUGCACUCCUUGCCCAUCUGUUCAGCAAUCUCUCUGAGGCCGGUGAUGGCAACAAUUUCAAGGCUGCAACAUAUACUAGUGCAGCGGCAACCCUUGCCGCAGCUAACCUGCUAACCGCAGGCCCCCCCAAGACUGCAAAAUGUUGCAAAACCAAAUGGAUGUCGCUUAGGCAGAUGUUUGGCAACAUCAAAAACUACCGCUCUCUUUCAGGCGUCCAUUGGGAUAGUGAGAGGGGAGCUGGAAUUGAGGGAGAGGCCACAUGGGCUGUAUGGAACACAUAUAUCCAAUCGAGUCAAUCCCGUGGUUUGAUGCGCCAGUACCACAACGCUGGUUGGCCAUUCUACUCGCAGGUGCAAGCCAUUUUACCACACAGUCACAGCGCUCAAGGCCAUCACGCCUUUCAUCCAGCUGUGGCUGCCCCAGCUCCUCUGGUCAAUAAUGAACCCAACAACGAAGCUCUGAGUCAACUUACUGUUGCUGGCAUCACGCUCCAUGAUGCCUUGACAUCGGUCCCCCAUAUCUCUACUACUGUUGAUUCUUCGACUGCCAUAGGGUCUGCGAGCAUUAAUUUUGCAAUUCCGCAUCUUCCCGUUGGUCCUCCCUCAAUUGCAGGCUCUAGCCUCAGCACAGGCAAACGCACUCACAAUGAUGCAUUGCUUGAGGUUGAAACAUCGUUGUACAUCUCAAGCCAUCCAUCAUACUCAACCCCCGUUGCAUCUAGCACAUUGGUGUCAACCCCAUCCGCUGCAAAGAAACCACGAUCUGCACGUGUCACUAGUAGUUGCGCUACUAGCAGCUGCAUUGUUGACAGUACUACACACUCGCUCAUGACCAGUGCUACAAAAGCCUCCAAGCUCACCACUGCCACUGCCGUGGUGGGGAUGCAAGGAUCUAUUAAUCGCAUCGGCGACAUUUUGGAGAAGGCAGUCACCACUGCCCAAGCCCCUGCUCCUGCCCCUCGCCCCAUUACCCCCCCAGCCACUUCUGAAAUCAAGGAAUUAUCUGUCAUUGAGCGCGCCAUGCACAUUAUGCAGACGGAAGACGCAGAUAUGCCAGCGGAGGACUUGGGCAUUCUGAUGUCUAUCUUCAGUGCUGUCGACAGUGACCGAACGAUGGCGAUCUACGCUAUGAGCUCACACGCUGAAGCACGUCACUCUUUCAUCAGGGGUCUCGUGGCCGCUCACAAGGCAGCACUGCAGGCACUGCAGGUGUGA